AUGAAUCAACAAGAAUUAAUAUCGAUCAAACAACAACACCAUACUACUCUAUCAAUGAUUAGUGCUGAUUUUCUUUAUCAUAGUGGUAUAAAGCAUGCAAUGAACAAAACCUUACAUGAAGAACUUGGUAUUCAACAUAUCAUCGAUGUAUCCGAUUGUAAAUUGGAUCAAGAUAUUCUUGAUCGAUGUCAUGUUCUAUGGGUGAAUAUAGAAGAUGUUACAUACUUUGAUAUUGCUGAAUAUUUUAAGAUGACAAAUGAAUUUUUACAAUCUUGUGAAACAAAAGGUGAAAAAGUAUUGGUUCAUUGUCAAAUGGGUGUAUCUCGUUCAUCGUCAAUUGUUCUCGACUAG